ACUAGCCCGCGUCACUUCCUGACUCCUGGUCUUGCCCUCAAAGACCUUCCCUUCAUGGGCAGAACUCCUCUACAGUAAGUAUCCAGCAGGUGGCGUUAUUCCAAUCGUUACAAUGUGCAGGAGCCACUCAUUGGCCUAAUCCUACUACUGCUCAGCCCAAGAGUUUUGACCUGCCUUGUUUCCAGUCUUGGUUGAUUUGUUUCUCCUCAGGCAACCAUGCUCCAAAGAAUUCACCAUGUUGUUUCUGGAUAUAGUGUAUUCACUUGAUUAGCAUAGCCCAGUGCAGCUCAGAACUCAGCUCAAAAGGUCUACCAGCUUCAGCUUUCUCAGUAGUUAGGAUUACUACCACUUGGCUACAUGGUUCACUGCUGUUGUCUUGUGAACUGAAAAUUUAUAUCAAUGUGUCUCUAAGGUUUGAACCAGGAAUCUCAAGUCUAGUAAAUUUCCUUUCAGGUCACAUGGAAUUACCAACUGCCUCUGCCCCAAAGUAGCCAUCAGCAAUUCCUAGGGUUGGUAGAGUGCAAGGAAGCACAGGUCCUUUCUUUUUUGCUCUUUCAGAACCUAGCAGCUAAGGCCAACUCCAUUUUUUGUUUUGUUUUUGAACCUAUACAAAGUUAUGACUCCUAAGAGCCAAUCAUUUCAUUUCCAAUUAUUGAGACUCGAUCACUUUUCUUAAAUGAGGCCUAAAUAGAUUCAGGAGUACCAGUGGGCUGCCCAAUCCCCUUUACUUUUAAUUUCUCUCAUCUCCUAGGGGCAGCUAGGUGGUGCAGUGGAUAAAGCACCGGCCCUGGAUUCAGGAGUACCUGAGUUCAAAUCCAGCCUCAGACGCUUGACACUUACUAGCUAUGUGACCCUGGGCAAGUCACUUGACCCUCACCACCCCACAAAAUAAAUAAAUGAAUAAAUAAAUAAAAUAAUUUCUCUCAUCUUCAUUUCUUCCUUUCUCUUUCUAGUGGCACCUCCCUAGUUGAGGCCUUUAUUACCUCGUGCCUGAUCUUUUGCAGCAUUAACAAAAAAUAGUAGCUCACCUUUUUAUAACACUGAGAUUCACCUAAAAUGCCCUUACGACAACCCUAUGAAGUGGCUUGUGCAUGGAUUAUUACCACUGCUUCCCUUUUUACAGGUGAGGAAACAAGUUCUUAAAGGUAACAUACUCUACCUAGAGACACACUCUAGAAUUUAAGGUGAGAUCCAAAAUCAGGUCUCCUGUUUCCUUGUCCAACCUACUUUAACUUCAUAAGUUGUCUUCCUGUCUUAAAGUUCUCCCGUUCAGUCUGCUUUGCAUACUGCUAUUUAUCUUAGCAGUCACCACAGAUCAGUCUUAACCUGUGUACUGAGAGAGGAAGCUCAGAAACAGUAGUAGUGAGGCUACAUAAUAGUUUCAGUUUCUUCCACAAUAAUCUCUAUUGCAAUGUAUAUGGAGACGCUCGUUUUAUUUGGUGUAUUUUCAAAGUCAAGGAAAAGUGGUUAAAAAAAAAAAUUUUUUUUUAAAGAAUCCAUGGCCCCAAGGGACUCCAGGCUUCUCCCCUUCCCUGGACAGCCUGGGGCCAGUCCCGGCUUCAGGUCCACAAGCUGCGGCUAAAUUCCUCUGCUAGUCGCUUUCCCUCUAGCUAUCUUCAGGACUCAGUUUCCCCAUCUGUAGAUGCCAGGGGUGGACCAUCAGACGACAGGACAGCAGCAGUUAGCAGCUGGACAGCUCCAGCAACAAACUCGGACACUGGCCAUAAGUGGAAGUUACCAUGGUGACCGAGUCUCUCCCUGAACCAAGCCCCAGCCCUCGCUGCUUUUCACGUCCCUUCCAAUCCCUGUCCUUCUCCCAGACACCAAGCAGUUCUUACCCUUCUCAGGCUCGGAGGAGCUGCCGCUGGCCAGGACCCUCGCUGAGCCUGCACAGAAGGAAAUCCAAGACUACAUUUCCCAGAGAAGCUAGAGUCCCGGGGCACGGGGACUUGGACUCAAUUUCCCAGAAGAUCUUUCGAUAUUUAGUGGUUCAACGCCCUUACAAUCCUUUGGAAUCUGGGGCGCGAAACCUGCUGAGGCUGCCGGGAAGUAGAGUCCGCGUGGGGCAUUAGCGUAUGCGCAGGCGUCGUUCGGUGUGGGACCUGGCGAUUGGGACUUCUGUGGACCGGCUUCAGUGGAAUGGAGGACUUCCCAUAGCUAAACCUCAUGUGAUCUUCCAGUUGGAGCAAGGCAAAGAGCCGUGGUUGCUUGAUUUGCCAAAGGCUAAAGAAAGAGUGUUGCCAACAGAUUCUUCCUUGGUUUCAGACUGGAUGAGCCUUCAUGAGACCCAGAAGUCAUCUCCAAAGCAGGAUAUUUCAGAAGUAGAAUCAUUAGGAACAUUAAUGGUUCCCAUAAACUCUGCAUGGAGAGGAGUUCAUGUACCUAGUGGCACAAUCAACAGGAAGAAGGAAAACUCUGAAAGGGAAACAGUUUCCCAUGAGAGAGAUUCUAGGCAACUGUUAAUUAUUCCCUCCAAAAAUACCACCCAGGAGCCAGGCCAUGAUUAUAAUCAAUGGGGGGAAACUAUUGACUGCUCAUCUCUUACUGAACAUCAGAGAAGUCAUACUGGAGAGAAUCCCUAUGAAUGUAAUGAAUGUGGGAAAAUCUUUAGCUGGAAAUGCAACCUUACACGACAUCUGCUAACACAUACUGGAAAAAAGCCUUAUAAGUGUAAGGAAUGUGGAAAAUCCUUCCUGUACCAUUCCUACCUUACUUCUCAUAAGCGAAUUCAUACUGGUGAGAAGCCCUACCAAUGUGGCGAAUGUGGGAAAGCCUUUUCUAACCAUUCAUCUCUUACUGCACAUGAACGAAUUCAUACUGGAGAGAAGCCUUAUAAAUGUAAUGAAUGUGGAAAAGCUUUCAGACAUAGAAGUGCCAUUAUGAGACAUCAUAUGAUUCAUAAGAGAGACAGUCCCUAUAAAUGUGGUGAAUGUGGGAAACUAUUCUUAAACCCUUCAUCCCUUAUGGUUCAUGAAAGAAUUCAUACUGGAGAAAAGCCCUAUGAAUGUGAUGAAUGUGGAAAAGCCUUUGCUAGGCAUUCAUCCCUUUCUCUACAUCAGAGGACCCAUACUCAAGAGAAGCCCUAUGGAUGUGAUGAAUGUGGAAAAACCUUCUUUGACUUUUCAUCACUUACUCGACAUCAAAAAACCCAUUCUGGAAAGAAACCCUAUUUAUGCAGUGUGUGUGGGAAAACAUUUUGUAGCAAGGCAUCUAUCAUCCAACAUCAGCGACGUUAUGCCAGAGAGUAACCCUGAGAAUAUGAUGUCUUAGACAAAACUUCAGUUAGGUUUAUCUCCUUGUUAAGUACCGAAGAGUCAAGUUAUCACAAGAUUGGUAUUACCUAAUACGUGCUUUCCCAUAGUCAAUAAUAUUGGCAAUGAUGGUUUUAAAAGGAUAAAAUUCAGUGUUGGAAAGGCUGUGAACAUGCCAUCAAUGGACUCCCUAGGAAAAGAUCUCCAGGGCCAGAUGGGUUUACAAGUGGAUUCUACCAAACAUUUAAAGAACAAUUCAUUCUAAUAUUAUACAAAUUAUUUGGAAAAAAUUGGUGAUGAAGUUCUACCAAAUUCCUUU